AGCAAGCUGAACCCUGAGGGGAGCCGCUGACCAGCUUCAUGGAGGACCUCGCCGCGCCUGGGAACGGAGUCCCGCCCGCCAAUGGCAAUGGCAACGGCGGCGGCAAAGGGAAGCAGGCGGCGCCCAAGGGCCGCGAAGCGUUCCGAAGCCAGCGGCGGGAGUCAGAGGGCUCCGUAGACUGUCCCACUCUGGAGUUCGAGUAUGGAGAUGCAGAUGGGCAUGCAGCAGAGUUGUCAGAAUUGUAUAGUUACACUGAGAGCCUGGAAUUCACCAAUAACAGGAGGUGCUUUGAAGAAGAUUUCAAGACUCAAGUGCAGGGCAAGGAAUGGCUGGAGUUAGAAGAAGAUGCCCAAAAGGCCUAUAUAAUGGGACUCUUGGACCGGCUGGAGGUGGUCAGUAGGGAACAGCGACUGAAGGUGGCCCGGGCUGUUCUCUACCUGGCCCAAGGUACUUUUGGGGAAUGUGAUUCAGAGGUGGAUGUGCUACACUGGUCCAGGUACAACUGCUUCCUGCUGUAUCAGAUGGGGACCUUCUCCACCUUCCUGGAGCUACUCCACAUGGAAAUUGACAACAGCCAGGCCUGUAGCAGUGCCCUUCGGAAACCAGCUGUCUCCAUAGCUGACAGCACAGAGCUCCGGGUGCUGCUGAGUGUUAUGUACCUAAUGGUGGAAAAUAUUCGCCUGGAGCGAGAGACAGACCCCUGUGGGUGGAGGACAGCCCGGGAGACCUUCCGCACUGAAUUAAGCUUCUUCAUGCAUAAUGAGGAGCCUUUUGCCCUUCUACUCUUCUCCAUGGUUACCAAGUUCUGCAGUGGCCUGGCUCCUCACUUCCCCAUAAAGAAGGUCCUGCUCCUGCUCUGGAAGGUGGUCAUGUUUACCCUAGGUGGAUUCGAGCAUCUGCAGACUCUCAAAGUACAGAAGCGGGCAGAAUUGGGCCUACCUCCACUGGCUGAAGACAGUAUCCAGGUGGUGAAGAGCAUGCGUGCUGCCUCCCCACCUUCUUACACUCUUGACCUGGGGGAAUCUCAGCUGGCACCUCCACCCUCCAAGCUGCGAGGCCGCCGUGGCUCUCGAAGGCAACUCCUUACUAAGCAGGACAGCCUGGACAUCUACAAUGAAAGGGAUCUCUUCAAGACUGAGGAGCCAGCCGCAGAGGAGGAAGAGGAGUCUGCUGGUGAUGGAGAAAGAACCUUGGAUGGAGAGUUAGACCUGCUAGAGCAGGACCCUCUGGUGCCACCUCCACCCUCACAGGCACCCCUCUCUGCUGAGCGGGUGGCUUUUCCCAAGGGCCUGCCCUGGGCCCCAAAGGUCAGACAGAAGGACAUUGAGCACUUCUUGGAGAUGAGCAGGAACAAGUUCAUCGGAUUCACCCUGGGCCAGGACACAGAUACAUUGGUUGGAUUACCCAGGCCCAUCCAUGAGAGUGUGAAGACCCUAAAGCAGCACAAGUAUAUCUCCAUCGCAGAUGUGCAGAUCAAGAAUGAAGAGGAGCUGGAGAAAUGCCCUAUGUCUUUGGGGGAAGAGGUGGUACCAGAGACGCCAUGUGAAAUUCUGUACCAGGGAAUGCUGUACAGCCUCCCCCAGUAUAUGAUCGCUCUGCUUAAGAUUCUGCUGGCUGCAGCUCCCACCUCCAAGGCUAAGACAGAUUCUAUCAAUAUCCUGGCAGAUGUCCUACCUGAGGAGAUGCCCAUCACUGUUCUCCAGAGCAUGAAGCUGGGCAUUGAUGUGAACAGGCACAAGGAGAUUAUUGUAAAGAGUAUCUCUACCCUGCUUCUGCUACUCCUCAAACACUUCAAACUCAACCAUAUCUACCAGUUUGAAUAUGUAUCGCAACAUUUGGUAUUUGCCAACUGCAUCCCCUUGAUCCUGAAGUUCUUCAAUCAAAAUAUCUUGUCAUACAUCACUGCCAAAAACAGCAUCUCAGUCUUGGAUUACCCAUGCUGUACCAUCCAGGAUUUGCCAGAGCUUACGACCGAAAGUCUGGAAGCUGGAGACAACAGCCAGUUCUGCUGGAGGAACCUCUUUUCCUGCAUCAACCUCCUGAGGCUGCUCAAUAAACUGACCAAAUGGAAACAUUCCAGGACCAUGAUGCUGGUAGUGUUUAAAUCGGCACCGAUCUUAAAGCGGGCCCUCAAGGUCAAACAGGCCAUGCUGCAACUUUAUGUCCUAAAGCUGCUAAAGAUACAGACCAAGUACCUGGGGCGUCAAUGGAGGAAAAGCAACAUGAAGACCAUGUCAGCCAUUUACCAGAAAGUGCGCCACCGCAUGAAUGAUGACUGGGCUUAUGGGAAUGACAUCGAUGCCAGGCCAUGGGAUUUCCAAGCAGAAGAAUGUACCUUGAGGGCCAACAUUGAGGCUUUUAACAGCCGUCGGUAUGACAGACCCCAGGACUCUGAAUUUUCACCUGUGGAUAACUGCUUGCAGAGUGUGCUGGGGCAGAGGUUGGAUUUGCCUGAAGAUUUCCACUAUUCAUAUGAGCUCUGGCUCGAGAGAGAGGUGUUUUCACAGCCCAUCUGUUGGGAGGAGCUGCUCCAGAAUCACUGACUAACCUCUUGUCAACAAGCAUCAAUAGAUGGAGGUUGGAUCCAAUAAAUGGUGCUCUGCCUACCUUGUUCAUACAGGCUUUGUUACCAGUUCUAGGAGUGCUUACACAGGGAGAUCAGCCUAAGAACAUCCAGUAUAGUUCAGGGCUCUUCUUGGGGCUGUUGGACCCAGAGAUGGUGCAAGGGUAAGAUCCUGAAUCACAACAAAAUGAUCAACUUACCCAGAGGUCAGUUUGGUGUCCAGUUGGCCUUGGGAAUCUUUUUGUGGAUCAAUCCUGGACAAGCUCUUUGGUGGGACCUCUUCCUGCUCUAGUCUUAACUAGAACCAGGCUAGACUUUGCUGGCUUUAAAGAGGAAAUUUGUUAUGGCAUUUAACCCAUGGCAUUCGUCACGGAUAGUGGGAGGUACAAGUUAUAAAAUAGGGAGAAAGUUUUCUUCUUGCUCACCCUGGAUUCCUAGGACUUAUCAGAGGUUUGGAAAAACCAACUUUGAAAUUAAGUUUGCAUUUCAAAUUUCAAAUUUGGACAGCCUCUUUCUAAAAUCAUUAGCUCAAAGAUUAUUUUAGAACACCUGCAUCUUCUUUGUGAAGGAUGAUGAUUUACUAUUCCCUCAAUACUGCAUGUUAUAGAAAAGUGUGUCGUGAAGAGUGUUUUUUUUCCCCUCAUUCUGUAGGAGAUCUAUAUUCAAUGUGGAAAUUAUUUCCUUCUGUACUCUGUAUAGGGCAUGGAAUGCUCUGCCAUUUUUAAAGCGCCACAACCAAUAUGAAAUAAUCAGACCCUCUUUAAGGAUGUUUCCUAUUUUUCUUAAAUGGCUCCAGUCUCAAAAUGGCUGAGUACACUGCUGAAAAUUAUCCUUUUCAUUCUAUUCAUUUUUUAAAUGACAAGUUAACUAUAGGAGGUUUUAUUUAUUCAGAUGGUAUGUCCACUUGUGCUCAUGAUCAAUAUAUUUUUCUAAUUGAAAAGAUAGUAAGAGCUUCACAGCUUACCAUUUUUCUUUUUCUCCAGUGUUAAUUAAUGAUUUUUUCCCUUUUAUUGCUAGCAGUUUCAAAGUGUCAUGUGGAGAUUUAAGCAAUACUGCUUCUACCUAAAAGUAUUGCACAUUUCAUUGAAAAUAUAAGAGUUGAUGUACCAGCCUCUUUAUAUUUCUCUUUUACAGCAGGAUCACAUACUUUUCAAGAUAAACAAGGUUUUUAGAAAAGUUUCUGAUUUAGUUAGGAUCAUUUUAUUUCUCUUCUGGCCCUGCAAUUAUACCAUCUGUAUCCUCAAGCUUUUUUUUUUUUUUUUUGAGACGGAGUUUCACUCUUGUUGCCCAAGCUGAAAUGCAAUGGUGCAAUCUUGGCUCACUGCAACCUCCACCUCCCGGGUUCAAGUGAUUCUCCUGCCUCAGCCUCCAGAGUAGCUGGGAUUACAGGCAUGUGGCACCACGCCUGGCUAAAUUUUUUGUAUUUUUAGUAGAAACGGGGUUUUACAAUGUUAGCCAGGCUGGUCUCUAACUCCCGACCUCAGGUGAUCCAUCCACCUUGGCCUCACCAAGUGGUGGGAUUACAGGCAUAAGCUACCUUGCUCAGCCUCUUCAAGCUUUUUUACUAUAAAUGUUGUCCCCCUUUCCCAACUUAGGCACUACUGAAUCUUUUUGUGAUGGCACCAGGUCACUUUAUACUAGGAGAUCUAGUCAAAAUUUGCUUAUUUAUUCUGCCCCUUGUCAACCACAGUCUCAUUUGGAGAUUAUAAAUAAAAUACUUGGAAGUAUCCAAAGGAGCUAUACCAAAAUCUAAUAAGUAAAUCUUGGAUUUUACCUCUUUGUGCUUUAAAGUAGCAAGAUUUCUGUCUUUAAGGUUAGGUCAUGGAGAAUGUUAAGUAAUGGAUGAAAUUUUUAAAAAUAAUUUGUAAAUUUUACUUAAGUAGGACAGUAGUCUUUAUUGCAAUCAAAAUAAUUUACUUGGGCGCGGUGGCUUACGCCUGUAAUCCCAGCACUUUGGGAGGCUGAGGCGGGCGGAUCACCUGAGGUCAGGAGUUCAAGACCAGCCUGGCCAACAUGGUGAAACCCCGUCUCUAAAAAAAAAUAAUAAUGAUUUACUAAGCACAACUUCUGUAAAUUAAUCUAUGGUCAUGCUAGUAUGAUUUUAAUGUGAUUUGAGUAAACGGAUAAUUUUCAAGGAAAGAGUAGUCAUUCAUCAAUUUAUUUUAAGGCCAGAUAGUAUUCAGUUUAUGUCAAAAACAAAGAAAUUGCCUUUUUAAAAGCAUGUACCUGAAUGCUUUUUGAGGGACAGAAGUAUGCUAAGCUUUAACAUUUUAUAUUUAUUUAUAACCCUUCUCUAAGGAAAGGUUAAUUCUCAGUGCAGAUGAAGAAAUUGAAGCACCAAGGAUAAGUGAUUAGUUUCCACUCACAUCAAUUUUUUCCACAGACUUGCUGGCACUAGCUUUCAGGUAUUGACAGCCAGCCCCAUAUAUUAAGGUAACCAGGUUGACUCUCCCAAUUUGUGAACCCAUGUUUGUGGUUAGGAAUAAAUUCAAAUUAACUGUCUCCCAAUGAUGAUUACCUUUACUACAUAGAAAAACAUUAUUUGAAUGUCUUACAGAGGAUUUUUAUUUGUGAAUAUUUCAGUAAAGUUUGUAUUGAUUGUUGAUAACACUGUUCAUCUACUGAAGUACUUUAAUAAAAAGAAAAUGAGCUGAAAUUAGAAA